UCAGCAGCAGCAGCAACAGAAAGAAAUGAAGGGCCAAGAACAGCUCAAAAAGUCUAGGAUUAUCAAAAUAGACUCUAAGGAAUCAUGGGAACACUACAUCUCUCAUGCUACCAAUCAAAGCUAUCCAAUUGUGGUUCAUUUCUCUGCUUGCUGGUGCGUGCCUUCUAUAGUUAUGAAUCCUUUCUUUCAAGAACUGGCCUCCACCUAUCAAGAUGUUCUGUUUCUGACAUUGGAUGUGGAUGAGGUUAAGGAAAUUGCCUCUAAGUUCGAGAUUAAAGCCAUGCCAACCUUUCUGUUGCUGAGUGAAGGAGCUCCCAUUGACAAAAUUGUGGGUGCAAAUCCUGAUGAAAUAAGGAAAAGGAUUGAUCAUUUUAUUCACUCAACUGGUUCCAUGAACAAAGCUACAAAAGAGGCAUAGCUAGAAAAGUUUAUCAUCGUAAUAGAAAUCAUAUCAUGUAUGUUUUAUAUUCCAAAUUAUAGUAAUGGUUGCUCUGUGCUUGUUAAUUUGUAAAUGUUUGGCGAGGUCAUGUGUCUCUGUAUAUGGAUAUUAUUGUUGUGUCUGUUGUGUGUUGAAUAUCUU